GACAGCUGUUUAGCGGCGGGAGGAAACAGUUGUCCAGCGCCACAUUCAACUGAGAAACAUCGCGAUCACACCGUGAUCACACGGCCAGGACACGGCCAGCACGGGGAGUUAGCUGUCGCCGGGGGAGAUGGAGCGGCUCUUCAGUAAAGCUUUGUCUGUGUCCGUGCGAAACCGGGACUGCGACGAGAGAAAAAGCACCAUCCGCGUCACUAUAGAUCUGCAGCUGUCUGCCACCACAGUCCACAAAAGGAGUCUGUAUGUCAAACUGACUGAUGACAAAGACCCAUACUUCCUGUUCACCCUGUCCAUCUCAGAGGAGGACUUUCAAAGUCUCAAAGUGCAGCAGGGCCUUCUUGUGGACUUUGGCUCAUUCCCUCAGAAGUUUAUUGAGCUGCUGCAGCUGUGCCACAGUGAGCAGGAGGCCGACAGCCCCAGGUUCCUGCUGCAGCUGUGCUCUCAAGGCCCUGCUCCUGAGGGCCCAGCCACCCUCAGUGUGGUGGAGACAAAUGCCUUCAAACACCUGAACCAUCUGAGCCUGCGCCUGUCACCUGGCUCCGACAGGGACGUCAAGGACUACCUGGCCUCCUGCUUGUCCCGCUUAAAGGAGGAGAAGGAGGAGCUGGAUUUGAGGCUGAAGAGGACUGAAGAGGACUUGUCCAGACAGUUGUCCUGUACCCAGCAGACUCUGUGUGAAAAGAGUAAAGAGCUGGAGAAACUGCGUUCAGAAUGGACCAGUCAGACCAGCUCUCUGUCCAGUCGCUACUCCGAGGAGCUGCAGAGCGAGAGAGAGAAGACCCUGGAGUUACAGAGUCGCCUGCAGGAGCAGGCGGACCACCUCAGACAGGAGCUGGAGAGUAGUCACCGUAUCAGCUCUCAGCAGCUCCACUCCAGGGUCUCCGAACUGGAGAUGUCCUGCCGGGAGCUCACCGAAAGGAAGUACAAGAACGAGGCCACCAUCAGGGACUUGAGAAUGAAGCUGGUGGCAGCAGAGGAGGAGAGCCAGCGCUCCAAGCAGCAGGUGCUGUCCCUGAGAAGAGAGAACAGCCUUCUUGAUGCUCAGAGCCAUGAGAAAGAACGUGCACUGAGCCAGCUGCAGAUGAGAGUGGCCGUACUGGAGCAGGAGAUCAAGGACAAGGAGUUGCUCAUGAGCCGCACCAAAGACGUCCUGGAGGCCACGCAGCAGCAGAAGGUGUCCAUAGAAGAAAAUGUUGAAGGCAAAGAGCUUCAGAUCAAAAAACUGGAGGUGACAGUGAAAUCUCUGUCAGAGGAGCUGCUCAAGGCCAAUAACAUCAUCCAGAAAUUGCAGACGGAGGUCAAGAAUCUGGUGGGGAAGAUAAAAGUGAAGAACACUGUGACCGUAUCCCAGGAGAAAGUCCUCCAGGAGACCAGUGAGAAACUGCAGAGUGUGGAGAAAGAGCUCCUCAGUAGCCAGCAGCAGCUCAGUACCAAGGACCAGCAGAUCAGUGCACUGAAGGAGCAGCUGGAGUCCACAGUACAGAAGCUGAACGAGAGCAGAGAGGUGCUCAAGACCAAUGAGAAUGUGAUCAACUGGCUCAACAAGCAGCUCAAUGAGAGACAGAUCAGCGACAGACACCAGACCAGAGCGGCUCCUCCAGAACCUGCUGCUCCCACCGGUGCAAAGGUUUCAGUUGGACCUAAUGCCAUGCACACAGAUACGGUUACUGAACUGAGCCGAUACAACAUGCCUUUCCAGAGCCCUGUGUAUCCUCUCACACUCCCUCCUGUGGGGGGUGCUCUGAGCACUCCAGCUGACCUGCGGGGGACCACACAGCUAGACGCUGCAGGGCUUGACUCCAAGUAUUUUGAGAGAAUGGACAGUAUCCCCAUCUACGGCCUGGCCUCCAGCUUGGUUUCCAACAAAGACAUCCCUCGGCAGACCAAAGCCUCUGUACCUUCAGCAUACUUUUCCUCCUGACCUCCUCCUGAUCUCCUCCUGACCUUCUGAUCUAAGACCAGUUCACGUGACCAGCUCCUCAAGUACUGACCUGAAUGAUCUACAAAGAACUCUUUUGUAUUGCUUUAGCUCUGGUUUAAGUCUUUUCAAAUUAAACAGAUACUUUUCUAUUUAUAAAACUGUCAAAAAUUAAAAACUUUAGAUCGAUA